AUGUGGGUUCCAGCAAUAAGGUCUGCUUCUUACAGAAAUGUCUUCAAGAAUAUCCAGUUUAUUCGACUGACAUCAAUUUCUUCAGUAGCUCAGUUAAGCCCAUAUUUGUCUGAUUCGAGUUCCGAUGAACAAAUUCGAAGUACCCUGAUAAAAAAUAAUGCGUUAAUUAACAAUGCUGUUGAGGUGAACUCGUAUUGGGUUACUGAAAUGCUUAACAGUUUGAGGGAAGAACCUAAUGACGCUUUGUCAUUUUUUCGUCAGUUGAAAGAUAGUGGAUUUAAGCAUGAUAUUCAGACGUAUAUGGGUAUAAUUAGGAUCUUUUGUUAUUGGGGUAUGAAUAUGAAGUUGGAUUCUUUGUUUCUAGAGGUUAUAAAUGCGGGAAAGGAGGGUUUGGGUUUUGAAGUUUCAGACUUGUUUGAGCAGUUGGUGGAGGGAGGGGUUGAAUGCGGAAAGCCCCAAUUCACGAAAAGGUGUAGUUUUGGGUUGAGUGUGUUGUCGUGUAAUUAUCUCAUGAAUCAUCUUGUUGAGUGUGGGAAAGUAGAUAUGGCAGUGGCGGCUUAUAAACAGUUUAAGAUGAUUUCAGUGACUCUGAAUGUGUAUACUUAUGGAAUAGUGAUCAAGGCGUUAUGUAGAAAAGGCGAUCUGGAAGAAGCAGUUGGUGUAUUUGAGGAGAUGGAGAAAGCCGGUGAAACUCCUAAUGAAUCGGAUUUGGCUUACGAUGUUUUGCGGGCGUGGAAAGGGGUAAAUGUACCCCUUGAUGGUUAUGCCUGCACUGCUGUAAUUCGUGGGUUUGUUAAUGAGAAGAAGCUGCAAGAGGCAGAAACAGUGCUGCUUGAUAUGGAGGAGCAAGGAAUGGUCCCUGAUGCCUUUUGUUAUGGAGCUGUAAUUAAUGGUUACCGCAACACAGGGAAUAUGUCUAAAGCUCCGGCUUUCCAUGACAAGAUGGAAAAAAAGGGUAUCAAAAGUAAUUGUGUGAUUGCUCUCUUGUAG